GUUGACCAAGAUGGCAAGAACAUGCAUACCCAAGCGGAACUGUUGAGACUUUGAUAAUGAUGUGUCCAUGCGAAACACUGACAAACGACUCUCGUGUUGCCUUGUUGUAGAGGACGUUUCGUCACUACCGGAUUCGGCUGCAGAGCCACCUGGACCACUUGUGUAGUUCUGGAUCACAAUGGGGAAGCAGAACAGCAAACUGAAGCCAGAGGUGCUUGAGGACCUGCGCACCAACACUGAUUUCAGUGACCGUGAGCUACAGGAGUGGUACAAGGGUUUCUUACAAGACUGCCCAUCCGGCCAUCUUACGGUGGAAGAGUUCAAGAAAAUCUACGGCAAUUUCUUUCCGUAUGGGGAUGCGUCCAAGUUUGCGGAGCAUGUGUUCAGAACAUUUGAUGCCAACAAUGAUGCGACGAUAGAUUUCAGGGAAUUCAUCAUCGCCCUGUCGGUGACAUCGAGAGGAGCCCUGGAGAACAAAUUGAAAUGGGCAUUCAGCAUGUACGAUCUGGAUGGCAAUGGUUACAUCUCACGCAGCGAGAUGUUAGAGAUUGUCCAGGCCAUCUACAAAAUGGUCGGCACAGUGAUGAAGAUGCCUGAAGAUGAGAGCACGCCAGAGAAGCGUACCGAUAAAAUUUUCCGCCAGAUGGACCGAAAUGCUGAUGGGAAACUUUCACUCCCUGAAUUCAUUGAGGGAGCCAAGAGUGACCCGUCCAUCGUCAGACUAUUGCAGUGUGACCCCAGUGGAGUAGGUGCUCAGGAGCCCACAUCUUAGGUAUGAACUGUCAUUGUGUGCGCGUGUGUGUUCCUUUUGAAAAUUUCCCUUGACUAUUUGUUAUUAAUUUUGUCCUAUAUCAAUCAAAUUUUAUAUACUUCUGUGAUAAUGUGUGUAGCUAGGUUCAUGCAUGCAGCGGUUCGCAUGUGAGUAGUGUAGUUAUAGCCCUGCACAAAAGGUCAUGCCACACACCAUUAAUUUGACUGCAUGCUGUAGAGAAUUAGAGACCUGCGCUCAGUGCAGACCCGUAUCUACAUGAUUGUACCUUUCGCCACUUCCCGAGAAAGUAGGGCUGACCAGUUCAGCUUCAUCCACCAGGCAUGCCGUCAUUGGCUUUAACGAUUAUAUCCAUGACCACUGCUA